ACAAUUUGCGUGGUAUUUGGUUUGUUGAUAAUUCUCUUGGACGGCACUCUCAUGAAAAUAUGAUUCGUGAAAUUUGUAAAGUUAUAGGAAUAUCAAUGUACUUAAGGAAAAUCACAAACCAUUCAUUACGCUGUACUGCUAUUCAGAUCUUUACCGAAUUAAAUGUUGUUACCAAUCAUAUAAUAUCUUUUUCAGGAUAUCAUACUCUUAAUGGUGUAAUGUCUUACCAAACUUUUACGCCACAAGUAAUGCAUAAUACGGUAUCUUUAAUUAUUCCAGAUUGCAAUUCUUCAGAAUUCAACAAUAAUGAUAAGAAAGAAGAUCACAAUAAAGAAUAUUCUGGUAAUCAAAAAGAAAACCACAAUAAAGAUUAUG